CGUCGUUUUGACGUAUAACUAGGGGAUAUACGCGUUGACCUUCUUCUUUCCCUCGUUCGCUCGCUGGCCAGUCCAACUUCUUCGACCUCGUGUUAUGACUCUCCGUCGAAGCCUCGCGCCCUCGCCGGCUGCCCCUACGUGACUGCCUCACGAACUGCGAAGUGACGAAGUCCCAACUCAAAAGGCCGUAGCGGAAGGCCAGUUCUAUAGUUUGGAAUUUCGGCAAGUCCGUAAGUUUGUCUUGGGCUUCAGAGAAACAAUCGUUUGAUGAAGAGGCAGGGCCGAAAUUGCAGAGGAAUUUGGAGAAAUAGCAGAAGAAGACAGCACCAUGGUUGCAGAAAAAGAGGGGAUGCCAUCCGUAUUGACCAUGAUGGGCUGCUGCUCAGCAUCUCCUCUCUCAACUUCCCACCCGCCUGACCCAUCUCAGCGUCGUCCCUCACCACCCUCUGAUGCCAUCAUACUCACAAGUUUGUCCAUGAUUACAACAUACAUCCGCCACCGAUCCAAAUCUCUUUUUCCCCCCGAGUUCCGCCCUCAGAUCUCAGAUGCAUUAGCCAAAACCACUCGGCCUGAAAGUCGUUCAUGGAUAUUGGAGUUGAGUCCAUAUCCUCAUUUCCCUCCCGGGGGGUUUGGAUACAUGCUGCUGGGAAGGUACCAGAACCAGAGACUAUAAAAGUAAUGGAAGAGUUUUUAUAGGGCGAUAUAUGCGAUUAAUCGCAUUACCGAUCUUCAUUUUCCAGAACAAUAUCCUGCCUCAAUACUCCCAGGUUGAAGCAGAAAGUUAAAAAGGAUUUCUUUUACGGCCUAUUAGCAAGACACCUAUAUCCCAAGACAUUGAGGAUGUUGAUAGUACAGACACCUAUCUCCCAAGACAUUAUUUAAGGACUUUCUGAACAUGAGAUUGAUUGUGGAAUUGAAGAUGGUACAUCCAUUCGAGGGUCAAAUACUAAGAAGCUGAAAAUGGUCAAGAUAGAGAAGCCAUAAAUUACUAUUGACCUUUAAUUUUAUGUUUCACUUUUGGGUUUUUCAUUUGAAUGUUCUGAAUUGGUAUUUAUUUUUUCAUUAUUCUGUUUUUCAAGGAAGACAUUUUGAUCGAACUAUUAGUUCAACAUUUUUCUUGCUAUUCACAUUCAUUAAGAGUUUGCUUUGAAAAUAUGAUGCUACUUAUUAUCGUUA